AUUGGAAGAAUCGAGAAGGGAUUCAUCAACUUUCAAGCACAAUCUGUUAAAGAAUGCCCUAUAUGUGACCCAGAUCAUAAGGGAUUAAGCUUUGAAAAGGUAUCAGAUAAAGUCGAAUCAGAAGUGAAACCCAAGAAGUGGGGAUUGAUUGAAAGAUUACCCAAUGCUGUAAAACAUCCAUGUCCACUUGCAGAAUUAUCUGGAAAAAAUAUAAAUGUCAGGGAAAUGGAAGAUGCUCCAGAAGCUUAUCCCAAUUUCUUGACCAAAGAAGGGAGCAGACUGCCGUGUUUUGUUUGGGUUUCAUAUCGUAAGACUCUCAGUAAUGAGACUAAAGCUAAAGUUGAUAUACUACAAAAUGCAGGAUUGCGUGUAUGCAAUUAUCAAGAAGUCGACGGAGAUUUAGCUAUAUGUAAUUGGGAUGUUAUUAUUGUUCAGGCUGAGAGUACACACCGUCUUUCUCUUUAUGGAGGUCGUUCUUACAUAAUUAUCUUGGAUGAAGCAAAUGCUAUUAUGUGCCAAAUGAAUAGUGGAGUUCAUGCCCGAGAAUCUGAAAAUGCCAUGCGGGAUUUGUUGAAGUCAGCUGUCCAUGUUCUAGCCAUGGAUGCUUUUGCAAAUGAAUCUACUUUAAACUUCUUAAGACAAUAUCAAGGUGAAGAUAUACGAGUUUUUGAUAAUAAGUAUCAGCCACAUAAAGGUAAGUCUGUAAAAAUUCUUUAUGACCCGGAUAAAGGAUCAGAAGCUAUACAUAAAGGUCUUAAGUUGCUUCAAGAAGGUAAGCGUGUUGCCUUUUCAGUUACCUCAUGUAAAAAAGCUAGAGCUAUAGCUGUUCAAGCUUCUAAGUUAUUAAAACCAGAUGGCUCACACGUUUUAUCACAAGUUUAUUUUGGUCAAAUGGAUGGAAAACAGCAUCAAGAAGACUUUGCCAAUAUCAAUGCAACUUGGAGUGCUCUUGAUUGUGUGAUUUAUACGAGUACUGUGGAAGCUGGAGUUUCCUUUGAAAUUUCCAAUCAUUUUGAUGCAGUUAUAGGAAUAAGCAAUAUUAAUACAGGAGUACAUGCUGAAGCUUUUGCACAAAUGUUUUAUCAAGUACGUGAUUGUCCACAUCAUACUAUUUCCCUUUAUAAUAGUAAAAAAACUGGCAUCUUCAAAGAACCGAAUCGUGAUCUCAUUCAUGCUGAACUUUCUGCCUUAAGACCUGGAGACUUGCCAACUGCUAUAAAAGGUCAUUGUAAAUGGAACAAAAUUGCUGAUUGCUAUAUUCUUGACUUGUCACCAGCAGUAGAAAUGUAUAUUGAGGUUGAAUAUCAGAGACGUUUAUCGACCAAAUACUUUCCUGAAAUUCUAUGUAGUCUCAUUGCUAGUACUGGCGCAACGCUUGAAUUAAUUUUAGCAGAAGAUACCGAAAAAGUUAACAGGAAUGAAGUUUCUCAUACUAUUAAGAAUAUUGAGAAAAAAAUUAAAGGUGAAGAUGCGGAAUCAAUAGCCAAUGCUCCAGAUAUUAAUUCUGAUGAAGCUGAGAUUCUUAAACAAAAUCCUAUACGUUCUUUUACUGAUAACUUGACUUUACAACGACAUUAUCUGUGGAAAAUAUAUGCUUCAGGUGAUAUCAGAGGUAUAAAUGAUAUUUGGAAUUGGGGUAUGAAUAAUGAUGAUUGGGUUAAGCUUUGUGAUAUAGAUUUCGUGAAAAGAUAUAAUAAUCCUGAACCUUUACAACAUUUUAGGAGGCUGGCAUAUUUCAGAAGACAAGGUUCUAACGCAAUAAAUUCUAUAGAAAAUCUAAAAAUCAAAGAAGAAAUGCAAUGGGAAGAUUCACAUGAAUCUAUGGAUCCGUCCUCAGUUGAUUUACAUAAAUUUUAUUCAGCAAAGCAGUGGGAAGCAGUACAUAAUCUUAUCCAAUCGAUAGGCUUCAGUGAUAUAGAUGACACAAACAUUCUUUCUGGUGAUGAUGUAGCUAAGACUUUUGAGCAAUCACGGGAAAAAAUCGUUGAAAUUCGAGAAAAUGCAUUAUUGCUCUUUAACUUUAAAACCAGAGCUAAAGGAAUACCCGAUCUUAAUGCUACAAUAAAAUUUAUUAAUGCAAUAUUGAGUAAUUGGUGCGGUUAUACUAUCAGGAGUGGUACAAACCGUGUAGGUUCAAGAACUAAUAGGGUAUGGAAGAAAACUUAUUGGAUUCAUCACAAACCAUAUGGUGGGGCUGGUUUUGUAACUCAAGAAGAAAUAACAGCUAUAAAGGUGAAUAAUUCUAAAUAUUUCCCUAUAGGUCCAAUUCUUCCACUAUAUAAACCAGAAUUGAUUGAUGAAACUCAGGAUCUUUUCGAUUCUAUACCUAUUACGAAUAUUUCAGAAUCCUGCAAUGAGGCUUGUGAAGAAAGUUCUUAUAAUAAUGUAGUUGAGAAAUCCGUGACAAAUUCGCCACAAUUCCCAAUUAUUACUGAAGCUAAGAAAGAUAUAUCUGAACCCUCCUUAUCCAUGAAGUGUCUACCUCCAGAAAUUUCUUUAUCUUCAGAACUUCUUAUCAAAAGCGAAUCUGAUAUAGAUACCCUUAUCCUUCUUUUACAGCAAAAAUAUCAAAUGUCUCAAGAAAAAUUAGAUCAAUGGAGAAGAAAGAUUGCCUUUGAAUUUCGGGAUAAUACCAGUUACUGGAAAAAAGAGCGCGAAAGCAUGAAUGAAGCUGAGUUCUUGGAAUAUAAACGAAACUUUGAAACUAAAUUGGUAAUUUCUGAAGCAGAGAAAUUGCUACGUCCGGCUAGUUAUUCAUCUCAGGAAAUUAAUUCUAAAUUAGUUCGAUGUAUUUGUGGCAAAUCAGUUAAAUUGGAUAGAGAAUAUAGAGAAAGGAAUUUAAUAAGUCAUAGUCAACGUGGUAAAUGUGGUGUUGUUUCUGACAAACAAUUAAGUAUAAAAUCUUUUUUUAAUCAAAGCACUAUUUUUGAUGGCAUUGGUUCUACCAGAGUUGCUUGUUGUGGUUUAUGUGAUGAAAAAUAUAAACUAUAUGUUAUGAAUAGUCCUGCAGAAUUUGGAGGAUCUAUUCGACCAGAAACACUUGCUAAACAAUUAUUUAAUGAAAAAUUUAAAGAAAAUUUCUCGUGGAAAAGAUUAUCUAAAGCAGAACAUGACGAAUUGAUUAAUAAUUUGAGAUGUCAUGCUAAAUGGAUAUUGGAUAAAAUUUCUUUAUGUGUUAGGAGUUUGAAUUGUAAAAAUUUUACAAUGAAUAAAUCUGAAACUUGUAAUAAUUGUGAGAUUUUACGUAGAUGUAAUGCCUUAAAUAAAGCAAUCAAUAAGAAACGUGCAGAAAAUAAUAACAUAAAAUUCGUACCAAAACAUUAUUAUAUAAAUCAUCUGCUAAAAAAAUUACUUAUUAAUAGCAAUUUGAAAUCAAUAUGGGCAGCAGCAGAUGAUG